AAGUAGACGUCAGGAAGAGGGAAGGAGGGAGGGGAAGAGGAAAGAGAGGGAAAGAGACUCAGAGAGACAGAGACAUCGAGAGACAAAGUCAGACAGAAAAGGGAAUUAAAGAAUUAAAGAAAGGAAACAGAGAGAGAGAGAGAGAGAGAGAGAACGAGAGAGAGAGAGAGAGAGAGAGAGAGAGAGAGAGAGAGAGAGAGAGAGAGAGAGAGAGAGAGAGAGAGAGAGAGAGAGAGAGAGAGAGAACGAGAACACAGGAUUGAGAGAGGGAAGGGAAGUGUGUGCGUGUGUGUGGAGGGGGCGGGGGCGGGCGGGGGGCGGGCCCCUGGGCUCCCCCUCCUCCCCUAGCCCUCUCCUCUCUCUCUCUCCCUCACUCGCCAACUCCGGGCCCCAGCCGCGGGCGGGCAGGCGGGCAGACGGCGGACGGACAGCAUGCUGAGCCUCCUUGUCUGGCUCCUCACUCUCUCCGACACUUUCUCACAAGGAACCCAGACCCGAUUUAGCCAGGAGCCAUCUGACCAGACUGUUGUGGCUGGGCAGCGGGCUGUGCUUUCCUGUGUGCUGCUCAACUAUUCUGGCAUCGUGCAAUGGACCAAGGACGGACUGGCUCUGGGCAUGGGCCAGGGCCUCAAAGCAUGGCCACGGUACCAGAUUGUGGGGUCUGCAGAAGCUGGGCAAUACAACCUGGAGAUUACAGAUGCCGAGCUUUCCGAUGAUGCUUCCUACGAGUGCCAGGCUACUGAAGCUGCCCUGCGCUCCCGAAAGGCAAAACUCACUGUGCUAAUCCCCCCAGAAGACCCUACAAUUGAUGGGGGUCCUGUCAUCCUGCUCCGGGCAGGGACACCCUACAACUUGACAUGCCGAGCUUGCAGUGCCAAACCAGCUGCCACCAUUGUUUGGUUCCGAGAUGGGACACAGCAGGAGGGGGCUAUGACCACAACGGAGGUGCUGAAAGAUGGAAAGAGAGAGACCACAAUCAGCCAGCUACUCAUCUACCCCACCGACUUAGACAUUGGGCGCAUCUUCACCUGCCGAAGCACCAAUGAAGCCAUCCCUGGUGGAAAGGAGACCUCUAUCGAGCUCAACGUACAUCAUCCACCCACUGUGACCCUGUCCAUCCAACCCCAAACUGUGCAGGAAGGGGAGAGAGUUGUCUUCACCUGCCAGGCCACAGCGAACCCUGAAAUCCAGGGCUACAGAUGGGCCAAGGGUGGGAUUCUGAUUGAAGAUGCUCAUGAGAGUCGCUAUGAGACAAAGGUUGAUUACUCCUUUUUUACGGAGCCGGUGUCCUGCGAGGUCCACAAUGAUGUUGGCAGCACCAAUGUCAGCACACUGGUGGAUGUUCACUUUGCCCCCCGGAUUGUGGUUGACCCUAAACCCACGACCACAGACAUCGGCUCUGAUGUCACCAUCACAUGCGUCUGGGCUGGCAAUCCUCCGCUCACCCUCACCUGGACCAAGAAGGACUCCAACAUGGAAACCAGGCAUCCUGACUCCACUCCUGAGGCUGCUCUCUCUGACCAGGUCCUAAGCAACAGUAACCAGCUUUACCUGAAGUCAGUAACACAGGCAGAUGCGGGCAUCUAUACCUGCAGGGCCAUUGUGCCUCGGAUUGGUGUGGCUGAACGAGAAGUGGCACUGGUUGUAAAUGGACCCCCCAUCAUCUCCAGUGAGGCGGUGCAAUAUGCUGUUCGUGGAGAUGGGGGCAAAGUGGAAUGUUUCAUCGGGAGCACUCCAGCCCCUGACCGAAUUGCGUGGGCCUGGAAGGAGAACUUCCUGGAGAUGGGGACGCUGGAGAGGUACACUGUGGAGAGGACCAACUCGGGCAGUGGUGUACUCUCCACCCUGACCAUCAACAACGUCAUGGAGGCUGACUUCCAGACCCACUACAACUGCACCGCCUGGAAUAGCUUUGGGCCAGGCACAGCCAUUAUCACACUGGAGGAGAAAGAAGUCCUCCCUGUGGGCAUUAUUGCCGGUGCUACAAUUGGCGCAGGAAUCCUCCUCGUCCUCUUCUUUACUGCCCUCAUCUUCUUCCUCUACAGGCGCCGAAAAGGAAGCCGAAAGGAUGUGACUCUGAGGAAGCUGGACAUCAAGGUGGAGACAGUGAACCGUGAGCCACUCCCCCUCCACCCUGACCGAGAGGACGAUACAGCCAGUGUGUCUACGGCCACCAGAGUCAUGAAGGCUAUCUAUUCGUCAUUUAAGGAUGAUGUGGAUCUGAAACAGGACCUUCGCUGCGACACCAUUGACACCCGAGAAGAGUAUGAGAUGAAGGUCUGGAGUGGGAGUCCCGGAAUUGGCAGGGACCCCACCAACGGCUACUACAACGUCCGAGCGCAUGAAGACCGCCCCUCUUCUCGGGCUGUCCUGUACGCUGACUACCGUGCUCCAGGCCCUGCCCGCUUUGAUGCCCGCCCCUCCUCCCGUCUCUCCCAUGCCAGCGGCUACGCCCAGCUCAGCACCUACAGCCGGGGUCCCGCCCCCGACUAUGGCCCUGAACCCUCUGCCCCUGGCCCUCCACCCCCUGGCAGUGGCGAGCAAGCCAGCCAGCUCUCCUAUGAGAACUACGAGAAGUUUGGCCCCCACCCCUUCCCCGGGGCAGCCAACUACCCCACUUACCGGCUGGGCUACCCUCAGCCUCCUCCCCCAGGGCUGGAGCGGACCCCCUAUGAGGCGUACGACCCCAUAGGCAAGUACGCCACAGCUACUCGCUUCUCCUACACGUCCCAACACUCAGACUAUGGCCAGAGGUUCCAGCAGAGGAUGCAGACUCAUGUGUAGGGAGCCUGGGGUGGGCGUCUCUGCGGGGCAGAGGAGAAGGCUCUCUUGACUGUUCCCUGAUAUUCAGGGGCAUUGCCAUUUGCUUCCGUCUUGAACCUAUCUUCCCCUCACCCUCAACCCCCCACCCGGCUCUCUUCCCCCUGCCGUUGGGGAGAAGAACAUGUGUCUGAAACACCCCCUCUCCCAAGGAUGGUGCUUCCUCCCCCGAACACUUGGGACUCUCCUGCUCUCUCCCCUCGGGAGAUUCUUCUCUUCUGGUCUGUCCCCCUCCCUCCUCCUAGGCCCCCUCCCCACCACGGAGCAGGGAGAGCCACACAGUUAAGUUUUGUUCUUGGUGGGUGUCUCCGUCUGUCUGUCUUUCCACUCUCCCUACCCCUCUGGUCUCCCUUGAAGUGGGGUCUUGCUUUGGACGAAGGGGAAGGCUGAACAGGAGUGGUCAGGCUGCGGGCUAGGCGAGUUCUUCUUGGGGAGGGUGGGUGUGCCACCAAGUCAGGAGCCCCUGGUUGGGCCCCCUGUCGUUUGCCCCCACACCUCGAAUUGGCUCUACUGCCAUACAGAGUCUAGACGAAUCCUAGUUCAAAGGCAGCCAAGUGCAUCCAGAACCCCAAUAUCCCACGGCUGGUGCAGCUGCUGCUGCUUCGAUGUUCUGUCCCCUCUCCGGGGGGGCUCGAUUUCCCCAGUAUCUCCCCCCCCCAGCCCCAUUCCCUCUUCAGAGAGACAGCAUGGUAUGGUGGAAAGAGCAUUCGACUGGGAGAAAUAGGAUCAUGGGUUAAAGUGUUGCUUCGGCCUCUUCCCACCAGCAAAUCCCAGGCCUGGCAGAGCACUCAGUGAUUCCAGGGAGAAUAGAGGAAACAUCAGAAACUCCGUUCUUAAUUCACCAGCAAAGGGGAACAGCGUGCUUUGGUGCAGUGUCCAGACUUGGCACCAGAGGGAGCCCCGACCUCUCUGUCUUUCCACUCCCACCCACCUCACCACCAUCACCAUUAGUCUCAUUCCUCCCUAGCUAUGCCCCGCUUUGUUUUUGUCUCUGGGUGGGAAGGGGUGCAGAAGGACAGACCGAGGGAGUGUGGAGGGCAACCAAGAGCCAGUAGACUAUUUUCACAAAUUUCAGGAAAAAACAAAACAAAACAAAAAACAGUGAAAUGAUC